ACACAGAGCGGAAAGAGACUUGGCGAUCGAAAUUUGUUAAAAAACGUAUUGCGGAGUGCUCUUUGUAAAUUCUGCUCAGUUUAAGUGCCAUGAAUCCCUCUCCUGCUUUUUCUGCAGCCAACGGCACUGGGUCUAACUUGCAGGCUGGAAAUACAGCCUCAGCUACCUGGAUUAAUAAACUGAAAAUCGUGGGGCGAGGACAAAACUGGGCAGUUGCACCAUGCGAACCGUUUUACCUAAUGGGUACGGAACCUCCUGCCCCAGAUGCCGCUCUUACAGGUGCUAAGAACUUAAUCGAACAUUAUGGUUUGGAGAACGCUUAUCAAAAGUUUUGUGGUAAACGCCUUAGAGAAGAGUUAAAUGCUUUCUUACCUCAUUUAUCUGGAAAUAUUGACGUCCCAGCCUCAGUUGAUGAAAGUGGGUUGAUGAGUUUAAUUGAAAGACCUCCAAUUCGAGGUAAGGAGUUAAGGCCUUUUGCACCCAGUCAGUUGGACCAUGCCUUUCGGUUACAUCCUGGACCUUUACCUCAAGAGUAUGCCUCCCUUUUUGCAGCAGCUCCAUCCAAGCAUAUUCAUCGUAGUGUACAAGAUCAGCAGCAACUUUCAGGAAGUAAUGCUACAGGUACUCGUGUACCGGCCACAGCUGUGCCUGGUCUAUCUAGUUCAGGAUCUUUUCAUCGUAGACGCCGUCGACACGAAGUUCAUCGAGGAGCACUUGCAUCUGGAAGUGAUAGUAGUUCGUCUAUAGGGGUGCCAGGCGUUGGAGGCGGAAAUGUUAGUGCCAGUCCAGCAUCAUUUUUCACUGGACCACCGACAGCCUAUCCUCAGUUAGGAACGGUACAUACAACGACAUCGUUACCCUCAAAACCUAUGCUUUCACAGUCUCAUACACUUUCUUCAUCCUUAAGUAUAACAACUUCUGCACCGUCUACUAAUAUAACCAUGCCAAAUCAAUCAUCUAAUGCUUCAGAUAACAAUCCUGUUACUCAGAUGGUAAACCAUAGUAAGUUAGUAGAUCAUCCACCUGGUCUUAUUCCUGUAUCAGCUCCUCAUUCGCAUCUAUUAGGAUCUUCUAUUUCAACAUCGUCGACAUCUUCAGAGCCUCCACCUCCUCCAUUAUUAGCUCCCAUACAUCAUCAUCCAAAUCAAAAAUUGCCACAUUCAAUUCAAAAUACAUCAUCCACUUUAAAUCCUUUAUACAAUAGUAAUACAAGUGAUGCUAGUUUAACACCAAGUAAAUCUGUUCCUCCUGCUCCACCGGUACUUCAUUCUAUUCAUCCACCAAGUAUAAAUCCUAUCAAUUCAUCUGUUCCUUCACAACCCCCUUCUUCUCAUCAGUUUUAUCACCAUCAUCGUCAUCAGCAACAACAACAACAGUUGUCAUCACAUCUACACCAUCAUCAACAUCCACUAUCAUCAAUGCAUCAUCAUCAUCCUAUUACGUCGUCUCACUCUUAUCCAUCUUCAUUAAGUCAAAAUUCUUCUCGAUCAAUGUCACCAAUACCAAUGGAAACUAAUUCAUCAUCACCACAAUCACCAGACAUCUAUAAAAUACGUCGUUUAGAUAUGACUGAUGAAGAACGUCGUAAAAAGAAACGACGUGAAAAGAAACGUAGAAAAGACAAGGAAUAAUGCAUUGUCGCUGCUUUUUGUUAUAUUAUUAUUAGUAACUUGGUUAAUAUUUUCAAAAUGCCAUUUUUCUUAUUUCUGUAUUAAGUAGCUUUUUUAAAAAAAUCUUCAAAUCAGUUUGAACUGGAACAUGUGACUUAAUAAUCUCGAACUACUGUGUCUUUAUGUUCACCUAUAGGUAUAACUAUCAGAUUUUCUAUAUAGUCGAUAAUGAUGCAGAGUAAAAUGUAACUAUAAUACUCCAUUAUUGUGCACAUUUCUUGUAAUAUAAUUUGAUCAUUCUGUAAGUAAUAACGUUUGUAUAUGAAGGGGUAUUUUGUUUAUUGUUAUGUUUAUUUGAAGGUGUAUAUGUAAGUUAGAAUAAAGUUAGGUUUAUCCAAACGAAGAAGUGUCAUUAUUUCACGAAGUCAUUAACUGUUGAAUUAAGCUGUGUUUGUAAAUAGAUUCAUACUACCUGGUUGAUGUUCAUGUAAUUGUUGUAAAGAAAAGUUGGAUGAUAUGGUAUGAUAUGAUUCAGAGUCCGUCUCUUUGAAACAGAUCUACUUAUUCUUUGUCUUAAAAUGCUUACAUAUUUUUUUAUUCCUCAAACUCAUUCUUUCUUCUUGAUUCAUAUAGUCUAUGCUUCAUGUUUUCUAUCAGCACCGAUGCUGUUUCUAUUUUUGUUACUCUGGUUGUGUUAAUAUUGUUUGACAACUGAAGCCGUUUUUUACGUUGGCAAAGUUUGCAACUAUUCUAGGAGAACUCAUUUGACUAAUAAAUAAUCAUUCUUAUC